AUGAUUAAAUUUCUGGGUGUGGAGGAACAUCGUGGAGCAAAGGAAUUGCUCGAGUUCAACCUCGACAUGCUUCGUAUUUUGGGAAUCUGGAAAUGGGAUGUACCUCACUGGAGAUUUCAUCGAGCAUUUGCAUUCUUGACUAUUAUAUCACUUAUUGUGUUCAACUUGACACAAAUUUGUGAUGCAUACAUCUACAUUUCAAGCCUAGACCAUUUAACAAAAUUACUUCUAUCUACUGUAGUCACAGUCCUUCUUGCAGUUAAGAAUAUUUACUUAAUUAUUAGAUCUAAUGAAGCAUGUGAACUUAUCAAUCAGCUACAAAACAAAUUUUUCAUAAACAAACGACAGCCCACACCAGAGCAGACUCUCAUCUUGAACAGAUAUGCAGCAAGGGCAAAACUUUAUACCAUCAUAAGAAGCAACAUAGCACUCAGCAUAAUUACAUUUUGGGUUUUAUAUCCAGUUAAAGAAAUGCUUGAGGAAUAUGUAGACAAGUUUGAUACCCCAGAGUAUGGGAUUGACAUUAAAUCUAAGAGCAACAAAACCACCAUUCUGCACUUACCAUUUGUUGCAUACUACCCAUAUGAUGUUCCAAACAAUUUUCUUCUUUUUAUUCUAACCUAUUUAUAUCAGGCAUUUUGUGGAUAUUCUGUCUUUAUUGGAAUGUCUGCUUGGGAUAUGCUGUUCGUUUCCAUAUUUAUUCACACAUCUGGACAUUUCAAAGCACUGCAGCACGCUUUGAUCCACCUGUCUGAUGAGGCUCUUGGAGCGCUACAACGUGAUGAGAAUCAGCUUAAGCUGCACCGAUUAGCAGAACAAACUGACACUGAUGCCAGAAGUGUGUGGACAGUGGGACUUAACCCACAAAAUCAUAUUGAAGGUGAAGGAACUGAAAAUGACAGAGGAGGAAUGCAGGCAGAGAUGAUAAAACAGAAGCUAGAAGAGAAGAUGCAGCACAUUCUCAAUAACUGCAUCGAACAUCACCAAGCCAUUUUGAGCUUUGUUAUGAAACUGGAAGCUUUUCUGAAACCAGUGAUGCUACUGCAACUUUUUGUCAGCAUGGUCGCCUUUUGUGUGAUUUGCUUCCAGAUGUCAAUGAUUCAGAUCCAUACUGAUGCCACAAAAUUCGUGAAGUUGUCUGUCUCGCUCGUCUCUGCCCUUAUCGAGCAGGGGAUGUUCUAUUGGUUUGGAGGGAAAAUGCUAGAAGAGAGUUUGAAGACCCUGAAUGCUGCAUAUAACUGUGAAUGGCACACUGCAAAUAAUAAAUUUAGGAAACAUCUUCACAUAUUAAUGGAGAGAGCAAAGAGUCCAGUGAAGCUGACAACUGGAGGUUUCUCAACCUUGACUCUUGAAAGUUUUACUAAGGUAGUCCAGUCAUCAUACCACUACUUCACUCUGCUCAAGGCAGUGCACGAUGAACAUAGCAACUGAUGCUUACAGCUGGAAAAAAAAAAAAUUACAAAUAUUUAUAAGUUCUGCAGUUUGAAGCAAAAUUACUGUGAUGAAAGUCUUAUGGAGAGAAAUGAAU